CGCCUAUAGCUUAGUUCGAGGAUUGAGGACCGGCAGAAGAAAAAGCAGUCACAAAUUCUCACAUCACCCACGUGACCACUCAUCUUUGUUCGUAUUCGUGUGAUUUUCUUCCAUUCUGCACGUGACCAAAAGGUUUUCGUGGAAAAAUUUUGCGGUGUGCGCCUGCCGAACCUUUCCUUCAGCUUGGAAAAUUCAGAGAGCGAGCCUGCUUCCGGUGGAAGGAGCAUACUGUGGGAAUAGUAUGGCGGUUUGGGUAGUGGUAGAGGAUGUAGCCUUAGAUAUAACCAUUUUAAAAAAACGCGGUCUCCAAUACUACGUAUUCCCUUUGAACUUUUAAGAGAACCAACGAAUAUAAAAUGUCUGCCGCUGCUAAGGUUUUGUCCGCCAACCCAUCUGAAUUGGAAUUACAAGUUGCCCAAGCCUUUGUUGACUUGGAAGCCCACUCUCCAGAAUUGAAGGCUGAAUUGAGAACUUUGCAAUUCAAGACCAUCCGUGAGAUCGAAGUUAACGGUGGUAAGAAGGCCAUCGCCGUCUUCGUCCCAGUUCCAUCUUUGUCCGCUUACCACAAGAUCCAAACCAGAUUGACCCGUGAGUUGGAGAAGAAGUUCCCAGACAGACACGUCGUCUUCUUGGCCGAGAGAAGAAUCUUGCCAAAGCCAUCUAGAAGAUCUAGACAGCAGCAGAAGAGACCAAGAUCCCGUACCUUGACUGCCGUCCACGACAAGAUCUUGGAAGACUUGGUUUUCCCAACCGAAAUUGUUGGUAAGAGAGUCAGAUACUUGGUUGGUGGUAACAAGAUCCAGAAGAUCUUGUUGGACUCCAAGGACUCCUCCGCUGUCGACUACAAGUUGGAAUCUUUCCAGCAAGUCUACUCUAAGUUGACCGGUAAGCAGGUCAUCUUUGAGAUCUCCGGUGAAAACGUUUACUAAAUAUUCCCUAUUUAAAAUAAGAAUCAAUUUUACCUUCCUGAACAAAAUUUUGAACUGACGGUUAACAGGU